AUGCUGAAAACUACCAAGGCUGCUAUAAGUAUCAAUAAGUCUCAACUAUAUUCUCCUUGUAAGCGAUUUAGUUCUACAAUUCUUGAGAAAGGUCUAUUUCAAUUCACUGAAGUUCCAGAUAAGUCUUAUAUCGAAAUCAAAGGCCCUGAUUCUCUGACUUUCUUAAAUGGGCUAGUUACUACUAAGUUAUUACCCUAUUUCAAGAAGAAAAAUUUAACGACAAUUUCAGAUUUGGAAAAAAUUCCGAACAAAUUGCAUGAUGAUUUAAGAUUUGAUUAUAAACUUUUGAAUUGGGGGUUAUAUUAUGAGUCUGGAUAUGAUAACGAUUAUAUAUCUAGGUUUGGCAGCUAUUCGAGUAUUUUGAACCGAUAUGGAAAAUUAAUCACGGAUAUCAUCAUCUAUCCAACUCCAAGUGCCUUUGAUAUAGAGAGUUCCAAUAAGAAAUAUAAGUAUCCGAAUUAUUUAAUUGAGUUCGAUUCUGAAAUUACCGAUACUUUAUUAAAAUUAUUUGCUAAUCAUAAAUUGGGCAGUAAGAUUAAAAUUAAACCACUGGACAAUAAUUCCUUAAAAACGUGGGAUCUAAUGAUUAAAUUUCCUAAAUAUGGCAAUAGUGAACAGUUGAAUCCAUGGUUAUCUAACCUUUUGAUUCCAAGUACCAUGACUCAUUCACCAGAGGAAGCCAACAAUUUUAUGCAAAGUAUAAUUAAUUCUUUAUUUCCAUCUAUUGCCAAUGAAGAUAUCAAGGGACUUUAUGUUGAAAGACGUAACGAAGCUGCCAAAGAGUCGAACAACGAAGAAGGGCAACUCUUUCGCCUAUUGACCCAUAAUAUCAUUGAAAAUAUUAGUAAAAAAAUCAAUUUGAAUCAAUUUCCAUUUGAAUUUGUUAUCGAAAAAGUAUCACCUAUGAAAUUUAAGAAAUUGAGAUAUUCUAACGGAUUAUUGGAUGGCUGUAAUGAUUAUAAUAUUGAAACUCUCUUACCGCUAGAGUUAAAUUUUGAUUAUUUCAAGAAUACCAUCAGCAAUCAAAAAGGCUGUUAUCUAGGUCAAGAAUUAACAUCAAGAACCUUUUCUACAGGCAUAUUGAGGAAAAGAUUAGUUUCAGUAAAGCUCAUAAAUCAAGAAAGAUUAAAAUCUGUCAAAAUAGAAGAAGGCAAAUAUAUGCCUAUUCAAAGUAAUAUAACUCCAAAUACAACUCCUUCAUCUACUGUCCUAACACCUUCACCAUUUACUAAGGGCAAAGAGACUCCUCCGGCAGCAAACCAAAUAAGAAAGAAAAAUAGAGCAUCUGGCUCAUUAAUUACAUAUUGUGAUGAUAUUGGCCUAGCAUUAUUAAGGACUGAAUAUUUCAAACAAAUUUUUGAAACAGACUCUACAAGUGACACUCCUCCCGCAUUUCAUAUAGAUACUGAUGAAGGUCAAGUUCAAGUUAUCCCAUAUAAACCAAGCUGGUAUGAACAAUGGAAGGAGUCAGAGAUGAAGUAG